CUGUCAAAUGUGUUGAUGGGAAAACGUAUCAUUAAUCUCAAACGUUUCUUAGUGUUAACAUCAAGAUGAGUUCCAAAAACUCAGCUCUAGCAUCACUUACAGCUACGUAUACGGACAGUGAAAACGAAGACGAAUAUGAUUCGCAUUCAGAUAGUGAAAGCACUUCCAAUUCCGAGUACCCAGCGUCAACAAGUACUUCGCCGAAGCAAAAACAGGAAAAAUCACCCGCGGGAACUAGUGUAACUCUUGCUGCGUCCAAAUCGACGCGUCGCCUUGUCAGCUACAACGACGACAAUGUUAUUUCAGACGACGAAAACGAAAAUGUGUCACCAAACAUUGAAACAAUUAACAUGGAAAUAUCCGAAGAGGAAGAGACGUCGCAGGAAAAAGCUGACAGAAACAAAGCGAAAAUCGAUCAAUUUGCCGAGUAUGGCUUCAGUUUACCAGCUGAACCGAAAGGCAAGUGUCCACAAGAAUUGCAGGAUAAAAUCACAAAUAUGCACGAGAAGAUGAAGAGCGGCAUGGACAUGAAUAAACUGAUUCAGGAGCGUAAAGAAUUCCGGAAUCCGAGUAUUUACGAGAAAUUGAUUCAGUAUUGUGACAUCGACGAAUUGGGAACGAAUUAUCCACCGGAAAUCUACGAUCCACUUCAAUGGGGAAAGGAAUCAUUUUUCGAAGAACUGGCCAAAAUACAAAAGGCCGAAAUGGAGAAGCGGGAGAAGGACAAACGAGAAAAUAUCAAACAGGAAUUGGUACUGGCCGCCACUAAAAAGGCCGAAGAAGAAGCCAAGAAAAGGAAAUCGAAAUGGGAUCAGCCGGCCCCAAGUGCUGCAUUAGGCCAAACUGUACCGAUACUACCAAAGCCGAUUUCGAUUCCAGCUACCAUUCAGCCAUCCAUUACAACUAACGCAACAGGGACGAAAGGAACUGUAAUUUCGGCAUUCGGAUCGCUGCCCAAGAAACCUAAAGUGUAGCUAAGUUAAGUUAAUUCUAUUAAUAAAAACUGUAUAUU